AUGCGUCUCUGGUACCUGCUAUUGGCUUUGAUUUGCCAAUUUUUGUUUUGCUGUAAAACUCAAGACAAAGGUUUGUAAACUAUCCUAUUGAAGUAUCGUGUGAGAAUUUCAUACCCGGACAGUAGAAACUACCCAAGGUUUACACAAACACGUUUAACCGCCGAACUACAGUAAAAUUUAUACAGUCAUAAGAUCAUCAGAGCAUUUACAAUAGUGGCUGAGAAAUUAGAACAACUUUUCUAUAGAAAUUGACUUACUGCACAUUAGUAGACUUUCAAGCGAGCCUGAGGAAUUUAAAUAGUUGCCAUCAAAGGAAAGGUCAAAUACUCUUAACAUCUGAAAACACCUGACUUUCCCUGUGUACGUCUCCGAAACCGACAAAACCAGCUCCAAAAUACACUCCCCAGAAGCUUGGCCACAUUGCCCAAAGUUGUAGCUGAACAAAGAAUGGAACAUAACUUCUUGAGAUAGUUGCUAAAUAAACAGUGUUAAAGUAAAAUCAACUCUAUUUAAAUCAAAAUGAAUAUCUACCGCAGAGUAGUCGUGUUAAUUUGUUACCGGUAUCUGCUCGCGUCGGUCGCGAAUAAAUCUAUAUCCCUUUGGCUCUAAAAUUUGUGAAAAUAUAUUCCUCACUUACAUUUCAAGAGAAGCACUUUUCAAUUGAGUGUCGUCAAACCAAAUCCAAAGAAAAAGACAACAGUUGAUCAAGUGAAAGGUGAACAUCAUGCACAUGGUAACAAUCAAUAUUCAAAUAAAAUACAUGCAAACUGCUGAAGCGCGGGAAAACGCGCCGUGUGUGACAAAGUUACCAUCGGUUGAAGCCUUGCAUCUGAUUAAUUGAAAAGAUGUAACCAAGUUAACAAAAUCAUGGAUAAGGCUAAGAGGAGUAAAACCCGAAAUACUGUUGACAUUCAAAUCAAAUAGGCUUAUCUGUUUCUUUCACCAUGACACACCUUUUUUAAGGGUUUUCAAAUAGCUCUUCAGUAUUCAACUUUCCCCUGAUUAUAUUCUUUCCGAGUAAAAGAAAAUAAGUUUUUCCUGUAUGUAUAUUGUCCUAUCAAAAUGAAAUUUUCUCUUGAAUCUGAUUAUCGACACACAGGAUCAACUACUGUGCAACAGGAAGCAUCACUGCUAAAAUUUUUCAAACUAAAUGGCGAUAACUACGUUGCAAGAAACACGGCAAUCAACCUCACAAACAAGAACGAGACGUUCAACUAUUCGCGAAACUGUAAUCUCUUCAUCAAGGGAAUGUGCGUUCACAAACUCAAGAGUAAAAGUAACAAUGUGAAAAAGUCGUUCCGCCCCAAUGAUUAUGAUGACGAUGAUUAUGAUGAUGAUGACGACGAAGCUCCCGACGACGAGGAAUUUUCGGAGGGGACACGUGAUCACGAAAAGUUAUACGACAAGGAACCAGAGGAUAUUGAGGAUUACGUGCCACGGCAUGGCAGGCCUGGGUUCGAGGAUGGUAUAGACAACGAUAUGGACGCAGAUUGGAACUGGGAGUCACAAAGACGAUAUUACGGAAGACAUGGUAAUGAACCCAAAAUUGAUUUAUGCAAAUGACCUCAAACGCAGGAAAGGUUGAUGAAGAAGUCGUGACUGCUUUUAUGUUUACAGAUAAUGAAUUUGGAGGGUUUCGCGAGUUUUUUUAAUCACAGAGUGCAAUGGAACAAAACAAAUCCUAGAUUACUAAGAAUUGCUUUGAGGUAGCAGGUAAUUUAGUGUUAACAACUGGGUUGAAAACGUAAAUUAGCCACCGUAAAGGGUAAAAAAGCUGACGAAGGGCUAAUGCUCGAAACGUCAGCUUUUUUACCCUUUACGGUGGCUAAUUUACGUUUUCAACCCAGUUGUCAACACUAAAUUACCUGCUAUACUCCCCCACCGACGCAGCACUACAGUUUCUUUAGAAACUUACCCCUUUAUGCUUUGAGGUAGGUUUGAUUACAAAUCAAAAUUAUUUUAUAUCCCCACAGACAGGGAAAGAUGGAGACUUCGUCACCCACCGGACUAUGACGAUGACUACUGGCCUAUUUAUUCCCCUUAUUACUACCAUUAUCCAAGACACACUCAUCAUCAUCAUCGUCGUCGUCAUCAUUAUCAAACUCCCGCACAUGCGAACUACAGAACAUUCAGCCACACGGUACCUUCUUGGUACACGUAUCCUCAGGGAUAUCCGGGCGGUACUCCCAUAUCAACUCCACCUCUUUCCUCGUAUGUUUCAAAUUCCGCAGGCUCGGGUUGGAUACAAGCUCCUGCCUCUUCUAAUGUGGGGUGGCAGCCUCGAUUUUAUCUUUAUCAGGGACCUGCAACGAAUAUGUUUAAAGCCCAACUUGCAGGAACCAGCAGCUGGGGCACUUAUCAACAAAACGUGUACAACUAUCCACACCGAGAAUCCAACUCCUUUUUCAUUCCACCAUAUUCUGCAUCGUCAAAUCCACAUCUACAAGUUACGACGCAGAACAGCGUGCAAUUUUCUCCUGCAAACUUUCUCCAUGGCAUAGCAACCUCUGUUACCCCACUAUCUCGCCAUAUCUAUCAAUACCCUCGGGUAAUUUAUAGCUCUAGACAUUUUGCUGGUCCAUUUUCCAGAUCAUUCCCGAAGCAUCGAGAGUUUUCUGACGCUGUACUUAACAGAAUUAGAGAUCAAAACCUUCACUAAGUAGAUCAAUGUACCCAACCCUUCCUUUUUGGACUGCGAUGCUGGCAACAGAAAUAUUUAAUAACAAUACUUGCUACAACUGUGUCUCAAGGAAGGAACUUGAAUUUGGCCUGACUUUUCUAAAAACUUGUUUAAAACUCUGACAAUGCCACCACAAGAGACAACUGUUACGAAUAAAUCCUUCACCAAGUAUGUGACACUAUUAAAUGUCGGGGAAAGCUAACUAUCAAGCACGCUUUGCCCGGCGAACUUUGUGAUAUUUUUCUGCUUUCUUUAAUCACUCGGUACUCGAGUACACAAUUCCACUUACAUCCAAGCUUAUUUUAUUAUGUGUAACUCUGGCUAAUCUCUCACACUUUGAUUCUCACUGAAUACUUCUUCUUAAACUGCAGAAUUUUGACUCUACUCUACCGCGCACUGUCUACAUUCUUCGAGUCUUUUCUUCUCCUAUUCUCUCUACUCCUUUUUUCUCUCUACUGUCCACUCUCUUCUACGCAAACUAUAAAGAACAUGCUCAUACAUUCACUACUGACAGACUCGAGUGGGCAUAUCAACUGGCUGAUAUCGGGAGAUCAAACAUUUGUUGAUACUGAGAACGUUAAACCCAACAAUUUCACGGGACCUUUGAACUGAAGAACAAAGAACUCAUUCAUAAUGCUUUCGAUCAACUUCUGACUACGUUAGUUAAAACAAGAACUUUUAUGUGGGUCCAAAGCAAGGUCAGUAAACAAACCAAGCACGUCCACUUGAGGAAGUUAGAAAAGGCUCUCACAAUUCGGAAACUCAUCACGACAGCUCAAACCUAAAUAAAGUCGGAAUUCGAAUUCAUACGUUAAAUUCUAAAUAUGUAUCAUGCUGAACUGACUUACUAACUUUAUUGUUUUUUACUUUAUUGUUAAUUAACUGAAUACUUCAUAACAGUACCAUGCGAAAUUAGAGGGAACCGCCCAAACCACAACAAAGCGUUUGUAUGGAGGCGAACUUAUAGAUGAAUGAGACGUUAUUUUCUUUGACAUUGUCGUAGAAAGACCGGGAAAAAAACAAACAAAUAAAAAUAUAAGAUAUGAUAUAAGUAUUUUCCCUCAAAUCGCAAAGUUAUUUUCAGAGCGAAAGAAACCAGCAUAUGUGAUCAAUUUUGAUGUACUAAGAUUGUCGUGAAUUGCAUUAACAUCAUACAUGUAUAAACAUGUAUGCAAAUUUUUUUGAUGAAGUAAAAUAUUUCGAGACUAGGUGUUCUCCUUUCGGUACUAAAACCCUGGCUAUCAAAGUAUUUAUGUCCUGCUUCUAGCUUUGUACCCUUAGACGUAAACGUUUUUCGCGACGUGGUAACAAGCAGACUCAAAGCUAGGCGGAUGAGGCACAGUUGGCUUCAAAAUGGACGGAGUGGCCCCUGAGAACAGCUGUGCAUGAGCUGGAUUGAUCAUUUUAACAUCCGCUGAGCAGGAUGUGCUAAAUAUCGUAGAUUCAGUAGGCCGCGUUGGUUGAAUUGUAGAGCUUGAGAUUGGCAACGAGGCUUUGGGAUUUGGUUGUAGAAGAGGGUGCAGUAAGGGUGUAGACAUAGCAGUCGUCCGGGGAAGCCCUGUCGAACCUGUUUGCAUGGCAGAUGGCGGAGAUGACGCGUUACUCGUUAGACAUUCUGUGGCAAAAAUUAAGAUAUUAAUGAACGGUGAACCUUUUAAAGUUCGCACGCAAACGGAAACUUCCACCGUGCACACAUUUCUCUAAUUAGUGAGAAUUCUCCCCAGCGCUAGAUGAAUUUAAAGUGUACAGGUGUCUAUCCGCUCUAAUUUACAUAUCGAAAUACAGCAGAACUUCAACAAAAAGCGUCCUGGGAGCAGAGUCGUCUCUUCGGUCAAGGUUACUGUAACAAAUUUUGAGGGGUAUUCGACUCAGUUGGGACCAAAUGUUUGUUUCCCUUUAAUGGAAGGGUCUUUUUAGGUACAGUGUCCCAAUUGAGAGAUUCUUCUCUAGAGUGUUGUUUUGGAGACCUGCUUUCUUUUGCUCCAGGCUCCAUUCCAAACGGAACUUAACUCGGUCAUGCGUGUCCGAAAGAAAAUCAUUGAGAGACAAAAAGGGAAAUGAUAAAGUUAUCAUUAAUGAUGAUCAUUUGGGAAUCAAAGUUUUUAAAAUAAGUGAGUUUUACUUACUGACAAUAUGAAGGCCCGGAAAACAUAAAAAGACCACGGUUAUAAAAACAAAGGCAUGAAACUUUGCAUCCAUUCCACGUGUUUCAACGAGAACCAGUUUUGAAUGACAAAGGCCCAGCUGGUACGACGAAACUAUGAAAUAACAAUGAAGAACACAAAAUUUGAAAGUUUCUCGUAAGUUUUGGCAAAAUCUGAAAUAUUUCCUCUCUUAAGUUUCAAAUCAUCGAUUUGAUUAUACUUACCGUAGUGUGUGUGCUGUGCCAAGUUCCGAGUUAGAUAUGGAUCGUGAUUUGUGUUAGACGCCCACGAUAUCUGUGUUUUGACCCAAAAAGUUAUCAGGUUAUCCGAGUUCUCCAGAAAAACCACCCUAUAAUACCUUGCGGGCCUUAUCUUUUCUCAGUUCGUGCCCAGGAUGCUUUUCUCAACUCGGUUGUAAAUAUUAUUUUCCUUGAUUGAGGGGCUGAGUUCCAGACUCAGCCACAAAACUAAUUCUCACUGUUUCGAUGUGAUCGUCAUGAUUUAUCUGGCAACCCGGUUUUCUGUAAUUUUUAUAAUUUUUUUUUUUAUGAUUGAGUAUAGCUCACUAAUUUCUUUCAUUUGUAACCUUUCUAUCAUAUCAUCCUUGUUCAUGAUGUAGAAUAUCGACCUUUUGUUAGAAAAUAUUUGUUAUAUGAGGUUGACAUUUCUUUAAAACCUCAGCGAAGAAGAAAAGUAAAAACUCAAAUAGGCAAAGAGCAUUUUCUUUCGUGGUUUGACUAGUCUCAUUCGACUCCUCUCUAUAUUCAAGCCCAGUAUAUAACGAAUGUUUUUUUUUUUUUUUGCUUUGAUUUAUCCGACAGGCUUGUCGAGUAUUGACAGGAGCAGUGGCCCAAAACUAGUGGUCUCUCGGCAAAAGCAGUGUGCCGUUACUAAUAGGCCCCCAUGACUCUCAGGGGGAAGGAAGAUAGUGGUAACCAAUAUGCGGGUUUGUGUCACGUGACCUCCUGCGUGUUUCAUAAAGUUUUUCCGUCAUUAUCUCGAAAUCUCUUUAUCGCAUGUCUCCAAAGUCAUCUUAAAGCCGCUCGGAUUGAGACAAAACAGAUUUCAUUCCGUGAAAUUUAAGAAUUAUUUAUCAUACACGUUUUCAGAUCGACAUCAAAGGUGAAAAUAAACAGGACGCGAAAUGGAUUCAAAUAAAGGGAAAGUGUUUACAUUCUCUUUUGAUUUAAUGAAUUGUUGAUAGCGUUGGAGUUACCAGAAAGAGAUUCGUGCUUCCGAUGUAACAAUCGAGUUAAAUCGAAAAGGAAGGUUCAUUUGACAAGAUGAUUUAAUCAUUUAUGUUUAAAAUGAACACUUGUAAUUAUCUAUAAAUGUUUUGUUAAAAAGAUCACGCAAAAAUACAUCGAGUUCAUAACUUGACUGCUAAACCCCAAAAUCUCCACGUGCAAAACGGUUCCGAACAGCGGGACAUCGAUCUUGAUAGCGAGAUCACCGAUUACACUAAAAUGAAAAGAUCGAUUGAAACUAAAAAGGAAAAACCUCGCCUUUUUAAGAUAAAAACGAAAAGGAAAUGCAUAAAAAUCUUGAUCAUUAUCCAUCUUCAUUGUAUGAAAAUUGGCUCGCUACACCACACUAGUCCAAGGAAAAAUUGACUUUGAUGUAAAGUCACUCAUCUUUGGAAAGUGGCAGAUUUUCUUGACUAGAAUGAAAUCACACGACAAAAGAAAGCUUUUGUUGCUCUUAUAAUUAGAGGAUCAGAUAUAAACUCUUUUUCUAUAAGCAAAGCGAUAGAGUUUGCUGUGGACGUGAGGCUUGAACUUCCGGUUUAAUGGUUCAAAAUUUCCGGCUUGGUUUUAAUAUUGUAAGGAUAGUAAGAAUUCCUGUUUUCCACUCGCUUAGAAUGGCGAGGUGCGUAUGAGUGAUAACCUACAACUGAAACAGCUUCUAUUUUCUCAAUUAGCGCCAACAGACAAUAAGUCUCAGCCGAACAUUGGCAGGCGACCUUCCAAUCCCUAUACCCCCUGCAGCGUGCCUCGAUUCCCUGAGAGCGCUUGACCUGAAACUUGUGUUGUUAUUUGGAGUGGGUGACUCGACAGUCAAGAUGGCCUGCUGUCGAAAAAUUCAUUGUUGUCUCGUCUUCAUUGCUUUACUGCCAGCUCUUGUUAGCUGUAUUCGUCCGUUUAGAGUGCCAAGGAAUCUUUUUCGGCAAGGUACAUCAUCACUAACUUUACCAGAGGGAGUACGCAUAAUACGGCGGGAAACAAGUGAUGAUCCAAUUCUGGAAGCCACUCAUGACUUGGAAGAACAACACAUUAGAAGCCGCUUUCGUCGGAAUUCGCAGCCUGACAUAGAUACUACAACCGUGAGUUUAAACUUUGAUUUAUAAUUUCUGACCGGUUUACGUUUUUGAUGAGUCAUUUGCAAUGGGCAUCCCAAUGAACCACCGUUUGCCCACUUAAAUUAGUUAAGUUAAUCCGUCAUUGUCUUUUUUUUUUUACUAUUUCUUUCAGCAAGCUCUAGGUACCUACGACAACAUGUAUAUGUAUUGGCCUGAUCGUAAGGAACACGAACACUAUGUGUUUUUGCUUGCCAAAGAGCCAAACCCUCCAAUUAGUAAAGCUUCGAAUCCUGUGUACGUGUCGACCAAUUAUGGAAGGAACUUUACCAAGAAAGAAUUUAUAAACUCGAACAAUUCAACGGCUGUUAUUGACCAGAUAUAUUUCAGCAAAGUUGAUCCUACCUUGGUAAGGGAAAGAAUUUUCGCUCUUUUGAUAUCCUGUGUUUUGUUCAUAUUAUGAUAGUGUUGUUAAACUUUGUUGUGGUCUGACCACGUGUUAUUUAGGACAGACAUAUGUUUGCUAUGAGAUGUCAAUGGAGCUGCUAUUUUUUUGCGGAUUGCUGCGAUCUGUAGACUACCUUCGUUCUUGUGUUUUGUUUUCGCGUAUGUUUAUUACCUCAAGUGCACUUUUUACAUAUCAUUUGGACUGUGAAAUUAUUUUAAGUAGAUGGUCGCAUAUGUGUAAGAUGUACGUUCUUAAUGUAACGAUAUCGUUGCGUGCUUUUCUUGAUCUUCUUUUCCUUCAGCGAAGCAUGUUUAUUAAUGUGAGAAUUUUUUGAUUCAGAUACCUUUUCCCCUAAAUACUUUCAAAACGUGUCUUUUCUUUUGCGAUACGGGACUGUUUUACCAUUGAUGUUAUUUAUUUCGUCACUUAUACGCAAUAGACAAUUGUUCUACUUCGUGCUGUUUAUGUACACAAUCUCCCAUGCUGUUGGUAUUCAAAGCAGCUCCAAUGUAUAUUUCUCUUCAGCUCAGAGGUAGAGGAAGUCUUUACAAUAAUAGUUUUGGUAUGCGUGGAAGACGUAGGAGUCCACCGUAACCACAAUUUCCAUAGUGUUAAUAAUUGGUCUUAUUAUGUGGACAUGGCGUGAUGUGCUGUUUGCAUAAUUAACUAACCUUAAUCUUCGUCUUUUAACUUAUCAAGAAUCUCUCUGUGAUUCUAACACGUGUACAUUUAACAGUUCUUUGAUAAAUGCAAGCGCGUUUGACAGUUUUAUGAUAAAAUUGGAGAUUUUCCAAGAUAUAACAGAUGCCUUUAUCACAAGUCACAAUUAAAAUUUAAAUUUGUGCAUAAAUAGUUUUUGGUGUUUUAUCUGUAGCAUAAACAAGUUUUGACUUGUUUUGUUUCUUGCUUCCAAUUUUUUGAGAUUUCACAAUGUUCCCUGAUUUUGGACAAAUAAUUAGUGUAAUUUAGUGUAUGACUGGCUCCCAACUAUUUGAAUGGAUGCAACUGUUGUCACAAAUCUAUGUUUAUAUCCUUCAGGCAAAUAAUUAACCUUCAAACCACAAUAGCGACAAAAAUAGUAACUUUUUGCUGUUAUUUUAGACCUACUGUCAGCUCUGGGAAUUUCGAAAAUGAAGUCAAUGAAAUAGAUUUGGCUUUACAUGAAAAACUUUUAUUUUUAGUUAUACAAGCAGUCCAAGAAGGAAAAUUAGCCGGUAGACAAUAUGGAGCCAUAUUACAUAAUAAAGAGUUAAUCUGCGCCAGCUGGAAUAUCAGAUGUCAACAUAAAUAAUAUCUUUUGUUAUUCUGCUUUGAUGACUUUGUCUAUUCUUUUCUUUGUGCUUUAUCAUGAUGUUGUCUUUUCAAGAAUGAUUUAUACCACUUCAAAAUUGCUUUCAAUUGGCUGCUCUUGACUAAAUAUUCAAAUGAUAAUUUUCUGCCAAUAAUGUCUCCUCUACUUUUUCGCUUUGGGCUUAAAAUGUGCUACAAAAAAGGAUAUAUUGAAAUACCUCUCCCACUUCCUAUCUAGAAAAAAGAAUUAAAAAAUUUAAAAAAUUUAAAAAAAAGAACAGAAGAAAAAAGACAUGCUGGCAUUUGCUAGUCAGUCAAGUUAAAACUUAAUUGAAGCGUGUCAAUAUAUUAGUCAGAGAAAUUUUUAUUGACUUACUGUAUGAAUUUUGAUAUGUUAGUUAUGCCCAUGAGGAGGGGCAUCAAGAAUUUUCUGGAACUUUUCUUUUGGCAGUAAUAAUUUUUUUAAAAGGAUGAAUUUGGUGUGCUGCAAGGUUUAGCGUCUGAUAUUUUAACACACUAGCAGGCUGAGAUGCAGUUAUUUAGAUGAGUUUGAUGAUAGUAAUUUUGAAAGGUAUAAGCUUAGAGCCAACUUUGAACUGCUUGGCAUAAGCAAAUACAGAAAAAUUUUUCACUUUAGUCAAAAGGAAUUCCUGUAAGCUUCCUUUAAGUGCCUAUGACAUAAAUUUUUUUUGUGUGUAUUUACUUAGCUUAUCAUGUAGUAGUGUAGUUUGAUCGUCCAGGUGAGUGUAGUCCUGAGAAGGACUGUUGUUGGUAGUGGUGACUGACGUUUCGACAACCUGAGCGGAAGUCAUCGUCAGAGUCAAGUGAAAGGUUGUUGUCAGUUGAAUGUACUUAGUCCACUUUGUGUACACUGAUUGAUCAGUUUUGCCGUGAUGUUAUUGGCUGUAAGACUCAAGUGGCAUAGGUCAGUCGUGAUUGGUUGGUUUGGAUCCGUUAGUGAAGUUAGGUUGUUCUGUUCAUUUCGUUUGUAAUGUUAAUGUCGUGGAUGAGUCGUUUGUACGGUGCUGGUAGUGGUUGACACCUGUUGAGGGGAGUCUGUUCCAAGUUAGUAAACCAGCUUUCCAGGGUCAGUUGUUGAAAGUAGUUGGUGCUGUAGGUUAGGCAUUGCGCAGAGUCCCAGUCAAUUGUGUGGUUUGUAAGUCAGUGAUGUUCAGCAAUGUGAUUGUUGACAUCGCCUUUCCUCGCUGCUUGUUUGUGUUCAGUCAGUCCAGUUGCAAGGUUUCUGCCAGUCUCACUGAUGUAGGAGGCGUGGCAGUCGGAGCAAUUGAUCUUAUAUACCGCUCCUUGUCUGUUCCUCAGUUUCUCUGUCUUUGAUGUAAGUCAAUAACUGAGGUAGUGUGGUAAUAGGUUUGUGAGUGAGGAGCCAGACAAGACAAGGAGCAGUAUAUAAUUGAUUCAAAUUUCAGAUACAGCCAUCAACCAGAAAAUGCCAAAAAAAAAUUGUCAUAGGCCCUUAAAUAUGUGUUAAGGCAUGAAUGGAAAUUUGUUGUAAGAUAAAUAAAAAUCCAAUGCAUAAUGAUCAAAAUCCCAUUUCUCUUUGCGUUUUGUGAAUCUCUAAAGGUCAUGUAGUUUCACUCAAAUUUGUUACAUGACUUUUCAAGAACAGUGGAAGAAUUUGGAUGUAGUUGCCUUUUGGGCACUUUUUUGUGUUUGUGCAAGAUAUUUUGUGUAAUAUAUCAAACAUGAGGAAGAGUAUUUCAUCUGAUAUCUAAACACCGAGAAGUGGUUAAAAAAAACAAGGUGCAGCAGAGUUUUUUUUUAACCAACUUCAAGGUGUUUGGAUAUUGGAUGAAACAGCCUUUUGAAUGUUUGAUAUAGCUUCUCAAACUAUUAAUAAUUCUUGGAGAAAAUUAAAGCAAAAGUUUGCCAAAUUUUAUGAUAAGUAAGAUCACGUAUCCAAACCUCCUUCAUGGUUGUAAUUUCCUUUGUUUUCUCAGCAUGAAUUAUUAAUAAGUUUGAGAAGUUUAUUUGAACAUGCCUCAAUAAUAACACUAUGAUUUAUUGUACCCUUGACACCUUUGCAAGAACAUCACAAGCAUCAAAAUAGAAUAGAUUUUAAAUAUAAGGUUACCUAACUAGCUCCCUGAAAUAACUAUAAUGAGUUGGAGCUAAUAUGAACUUACAAGGAACAGUUGAUUAUUUUACUCUGAUGUUUUGAUCUGAUGUAGCUGGUUACAUCACAUUUAGUGUGAUGUUACCAACAUGGAGAUGGUAGCACCUAUAGGACAUGUUUCUAAUUUCAAUUCAAGAAGGAAAAAGACAUUUGAACAGAUUCAUGUAUUAACUAUGUAUUUACUUGGUUUAAUUGCUAAUUAAUUAAAAUCAUUUUUUUCCAAUUUUCCAUCAGGCUAUUUUCACAGAUGUCAUAAACAAGGUUCUUCACAGAACAGAUGACUUACAGACAUUUAACAACUCUAACAUCCCUUGGGUGCCAACAUAUAUCACUUUUCAUCCAUGGAAUCCUAAGUAUGUUAUGGGAUAUGAUAACACAACUGAGAAGGUACAACACAAUGUUAUAGCAUUGUUUGAAUUUUAUAAGCAAUUGUGAGCUCACCACUGUUGAUACCUGUGAUUCUUGUUGAGAAGCUGUCUUCAGUAUUUGGUUUUAUACUUCAACAGAUAUUGAUAAUCAUGAUAUAAAUUAUCUAACAGGAGUUUAUUGAUGGUUUGAUGUCUGUUUUUUGCCUAGGGCAAUUACCCAAACUUAAUGAAUAAUGUCCUCUGUCUCAGCCAGCCAGUAUUUUCUUCUUUAAGUUGUAAGGAUUUGUAUCAAUCAGAAAGUGCUUUGAAAUAAAUGAUUUUUCACCCCUGGGUUUUUUUGAAAUGAGAUUUUUAGUUUAUGUUUAGCAUAUCAUAAAGCAUAUCAAAAGUAUUGUCUGCUUUUGGUUGUUCAGGUCUGAUAUUAUAGUAUACUAGUUAUAGUUCUCACUAGAGCUGCCCCCGCCCUACAGUACCAUUUUCUUUUGUUUUUUUUUUUAGUUGGGCUUGUUGUUUACAGUUGUGUAAUUUUUCUGUUAUGUUGUUACGGAAUUGUGGCUCAAUACUUUGGUUUUAGUAAUUUUGGAUCUCAAAAUACUACUAGUGUACAAAAUGUAGUUUUGCGAAGUGCUUGGGAUGUUUUUUUUUGCUGUAAUUUACAAUUACAACCAGUAAUUUCCUUUCUUUGACUACUGUUUCCUUUCAGUUGUGCUGCGAGUCCUUCGCGCCCAAUAACAGACUUGCCUCUGACAAAUCCAGAAAUUGCCGAGUCUUUCGGCUUUGUGCAAUAAGCUUGAUUUGCGGCGGACAAAUCGGAGUUAACCGAGUCUUUCGCUCAAAAUGCUAAACUUACACUGUCUUCUGAGCAUCGGUGAAAUUAUUUCUGUAUUAACUUCUGUAUAACACAAAUGAGUCAAGACAGCUUUUAAGCACAAAACAGCACUCUCCGCGCCUUUCACACUUUGAUGGUCGUGUGGACUCCGACCGAAGAAACUCUAAAACUCUGAGAAUAAUCCAACAUCAAAGCAAACGAGUUAGAAGCUCAACUUUUUCAUGUAUUUGAUAUCUGGUUAUACUUUAAUUAUGCUGCAAGUUCUUUGCUUUAAGUUCUCACGUUAGCUGACUGAGCUGUGGACCCUCCGCCGCCUUCGAUCGAGACUUCACACAACCGUUUCUCUUUUGACGGAUUCUGAUCACCUUUUAAACUCAAAACUACCUUUAAUUGUUAGAAAGAUGCUAUACACAAUUACCGUUGGACUUGGAAACGCUUCUCGACGCGGACGCUUAACUCGAAAUCUCGACAAGGACAAAGCUCGUGUCAAAGACGCCGAUCCCAAAAGUCCUCGCGCGCGCGUCUUUUUGCUGGCCGCCCAUGACCAUUUGCGGGAAAAACGUUGACACCUUGCGGCCGUGCAAGCGAUCAAAUCGAGAUUUUUUCUGGUUAUGAUCUACUGAAAAUACCCACAUUCUCUCUUCUCAAGUCUUCCUCUAUAUUACGCGGGGAGUCCUAAGGUGCCUCCUCGGGUUUUGGCCCUCUGGGGUCAAAAAACCCUGCGGGGGCAAAUAGCAAAAACUGUGAACAUGGAUAUUGACACAAGUUCAACUAAAGUUAGCUUUUAGUAGUGAAGAGAUUAAUUUUUCAUUGUUCACUUUCUUUUCUGCACUUUUUUAUGGUACUUUGAAGGCUCACAUUGUAAUGUUGUCUUUUGAAACAUAUUUGACAGCUCUAUGUGUCAUCAGACGAGGGAAAAUCCUUCAGUGAAAUACAAGGAGGAGGAAAUGUUAAGUCAUUCAAUUGGUAAGUAUGGAACCAGUACCUAUUCAUGCUCUCCCAUGAUUGGUUGGGGGAAGGGGAAAGGUAUAUUUCAGAUAUGGCCAAUUGUCAGUAACUUCCUUUUUUGUUUCAACUUAAAACAGGGGAGUGGAACAUAUUGAUGCAGUAGAUGUGAUUUUUGUCGAGCAAUUUCAAAGGUCUCUGCAAGAGCGAUGUGAGUGUAUGGUUUUUGUAAUAGUUGUGAGCACUGAAUCACUGGUGAAGAAAAUUAUUCAGUUUAGUCUUAGUCUUCUCUUGGCUUCUUUUUUAACUAUAUCAAGCAUUCUACAUGCUUUGUAAUAUGUACACGGGAAGUUUUUGUAAUUCUGCCUUCCUAAGACCAUAUUCUCUCUUGCAGUAGGUGGUUUAAUAUAUUCCUAAUUUAAUUCUUAUCUAUGGGUCAGCUUUACCAGAUUUAGUUGUGAAAAUAUUGAACUAGUAAGUUUUAUUUUCUUUGAAUUUCAUUUCAAGACAGUAAUGUGUUGUUUCUCAUUUGCUUGCAGUGAAAACAAAGGAUAACAGAACCAAAGUUACCAAAAUGUACAUAGACGGGAAAAAUACACCAUCGAAAGUGAUUGCAACAAAUGUGGAUGAAUUUGAAAUGAUGAAAAACUAUCAGUUUUACACCACCAAAUUGGUUCGCAAGUUUUGUUUUGAAAUAAAAUAACUCUUAAGGAUAUAAGCAAUUUUUGAUAAAUUAAAGAUCAAUCCCACUUACCUGAGGUGAUUAUUUUUCCCUUUGUGAGAUUAGGUUAUAGAAUAUUAUCAUUUUUUUUACUAUCCAUAAGUUAACUGAAACUCCUAGCAAAUCACCUUUUUUCAUCAACAUUCAAGUCACCUGUUCAUGACUUUUAAAAAAUGAAAUUAAUUGCUAUUAAUCAAUGGAAAGGUUAAUUUUACAAACAAAAGCUUCUCUGGAGGAAACUGGAAUAAGAGUCAAUCCAAGUGGCCUCUCCUCAAAUAUUACAAAGUCACUGUUAACUGUAAGUUUACUUUACUCUUUUCUAGAAAUCUAGUGAUAAGAAUCCUGUCUUGAAAGUUUCUAAAGAGCGUAGGGACUUUAAGUUGGCAACAUUCCCUAGUAAUGAAGAGAGCAGAGUGAGUAAAUGGCGUCUUUUUACAGUACUGAUGAUAUGUCAGAUGCUUUUGACAGUUAUUAAAUUGUUGACUUCAACAGUAUCACCUUCAUGCUGAAAGUCUUGCCAGCUUGUUUGGGGCAUUUCCAUCUUCAGUAAUGUUAUCAUCCUCGUGGUCAUUUUGACUGUGUUUAUUUUUUAUUGUGUUAAUUGUAGUGAUUGUAUGGAGUCAUAAUAAUACAGUUGUUUGUAGACAGUAUUCCAGGUUGAGUUGUGUUGUGUUGUUAGACAGAACACUUCACCCUGACAGCUUCCUUUCCACCCAGGAAUGAAAAUGAUGUGCAGUAAUAUAUGUGGGAAAAUAAAAGAAUUGCCCAAAGUGUAUUUGCAACAAUACACAUUGUUACUUCACACUUUGGAAAUAACUUAGAUCAAGCUGUCACAGCAGUGGUUGCUAUAUUUAGCUAAGCUAUUGAAAUGAUUUUAUAAGUUGUUUGUUUGAAUGGAUUUAUGUGUAUUUAAGAUAAUAUUAAUUCAUAGACAUGGUUGCAGUCGUAACAAUUACAUGAUCAUUCAACCAUUUGAUAUAGCCAUUUAUUUAUGGUUUUGCAGGACUUUUUUGUGUUUGAUGUGGUGGAAGAUCGUGUUUUUGUAGUCAUCAACCACUUGAGAAAUCUCUCCAAUAUGUAUCAGUCUGAUUCAUUGGGUGUCAGGUACCAGUUAUCCUUACCGAGAGUUCUGUAUCACAACCCAUAUACUGAUGUUUCGUCUGCUUGGCUUAGGUAAGAUCAAAAUUCACUACGAAAUAAUAGUAAUAAUAAUUAAAAGUGACUGGAGUACAAUUUGGUUUAUAAUCAUACCAAUGAGUUAAAAAAUCACUUAUUAACAGAUGACUGCCAAGUGAGAGUCUGAUUGUUAAUCACAUGACAAUAGGAUCACAGACCUAAUUGAAUGAUACAAAAUUUGAUUCAAAGUAUUAUUUUGUGCACUUCUUAUCGUCAACUUUUGUUUUGUUUUGUUUUUACCUCUUGUAGAACUGUAGUGCCAUAUGCUUUUGUUGAUGUGGAUAGAAUCAAAUCUGUGAGGGGUGUUUAUGUUGCCACUCAGUUGACGCCAGGCCCAGUGGGUAGGAGACAUCUUCUCUCUCUUAUCACAUACAACAAUGGUGGAAAGUGGCAGCGGAUACGUUCUCCAACUGUGGAUAACCGUGGUGUCAAAAUAAAUUGUUAUCUGGUAAAUAUCAUGAUAUUGUUUGUGAUAGUGAUAUUAUAUCAUCUGAUUGAUGGGAAGCUUGGAGAGAUGUGAUAGGCUAAUGGUGAGCAGGCAAGACCAGGGCUGGUAGAAGGCAAACAAGAAAUAAUUGUGUGAUUUUUUUGUCAGCAAUUAUGGUUAAAAAUGAGGUGAAAAUAGUGUACUAAAGAAGGCAGACUAACUGGAAGUUUUUGGUCGCCAUGGCAGCUCUUACUGACUGUACAGGAGUGGAGUAUACACUCUGAUUGAAAGUCUGUUUUUUGAACCUCUCAUGGCUAGAAUUUCUUAUUGUGUUGUUGCAAGACACUUAACUUUCAUCAAUCCUCUCUCUAACCAGAGGAAUAGAAUGGGUACCUUCUAAGAGGACAACCUAAUGCAAAGGGAAGUAAUGGGUGGGGCAUUCAAUUUCACUAGGAGAAGCAAUGCUCUUAUAUGUAGUUGCAUUUUUGUGGCAAUAACAUUGAUAAGUUCUGAUAACAUUUAAUGUCCUUUUGAAUUAAUCCAGAAAGCAUUUUAUUUUUUUAUAUCAAGGCACCACACUCUUGUUGAUAAGUUGAUGUAAUCUCAUCACCUGUCUGGUAAAUGAUUUAUUGAGAAUGUGAGGAGAAAUUAUAAUUUAAUAACUCACUUUUUGAGGAAAAGGAGAGUCACUAUAUUUGUGGAAAACCCUGUAGCUGCAUAAAUAAUUGUCAAAACACAACUUGGAUCUUUUACUCAGCUGUUCAAGUAAUUAAAAUCUAUUUUGACUUGGCAGCCAAGCUGUUCCAUUCAUGUGAAUCUACUCUAUGGUGCUGUCUAUCGUGUUUCUCCAUCAGAGCGUUUGCUCUCCAGUGAGUCAGCCCCUGGUUUGGUGUUAGCUUUAGGUAUGCAAUAACUCUGUGUUUAUAUAACUAUUUUAUAAACUUUAAAAUGAUUGAACCCAUGAUUUAAAGCCGUUAGUGUGAGUGAUAGUUUAUACAAGGGUAUAGUCCUGAGAGGGAUUUUACUUGUUGCCCAAAAUUUGACUAUUUGUAGGGCAGAUGUCAUCAAUGUUAAUUAGAGAGUUGUAGGUUUUUAACUGUGUUAUGUGUCAGGUUCAUAAUUAGUUAGCUUUGGCUUUAUUAUUAUUUUCCAUGAGAUUUUUCUAAUUAGAUGGAGAAAGAAGUAUCAAAAGUUAAUGUCGUGAUUCUAAACCUUCUUUGGGUCUAGUGUGUAGCAACUACACUGUAGACACCUUACAAAAGCAGAAGAGAUAGCUUAUUAAGUGCUUCAUAUCAGGCAACAAAUAAUAUAAAUAAAUGCUGUCAUGGUUUCUGUGAAUUUACAUUAUGUAACAAGCUACAUGUAAUUCAUCUUAAGCUACUUCUAAUGUUCUAUGUACAUUAUGUUAGGUGUGGCUAGCACUAAUCUUAAGAUAUAUCCGGAUGUGUUUGUGUCUUCGGAUGGUGGAGUGGUUUGGAACAGGGUAAGACUUGAUUUAUAGAAUGUAUGAUUUAAAAUUUUGUGACAUCUCCAAAGAUCUUAGUUAAUACAGUACAUUUUUUGACAUAGUACUGGCUUCUUAGAGACUUGAGUUAUUUCCUGUUAGAUGAAGUUUAUCAAAAAGUUCCUUUUUCAAACUGUUAGGUAAACAAUUCAUAUGUAAUGCUGUUAGAUUUAUGGUCAUCCUUGUUACAUAUGGUAUUAAUUGAUGAUUGACAGUAAGUAUUGUGUGGUUAUAUCUAGAGCAAUGUAGAAACAUAUUUAUUGAUGUCCUAUUUGAUCAGGCUCUACGGGGGAAACACUUGUUUACGUAUGGAGAUCAUGGAGGAGUUAUUGUUGCUGUGCCAUACAGACGUUAUACAAGGUCACUUAAGUAAGUCAACAUGGAAUGUUUUGAUUUUGCUAGGAUGUCAUCAGCAGCAACAAAAUGUUUGGACCUUGCAUUUGUAGUUUUGAUUCAAUCAUGUAUUUCAUGAACUAAAGAGUUUUAUCUGCUCUAAUUUAUCCUAUGAUCCUAGAUAAACAGGAUAGUCAUACAUUACAUUUUGCCACAUUGCUAUAGUAGGGACUUUUCUUUCUAAAGACAGCUUUUGCUUAAGUUACAGCUCCUAUGGCUAGAGGUGCUUAAAAAUGUUUUUUGAUCAGUAAGAGAAAAAUAAUUUUUCACUUGUCUGUUGCUGGAGAAAAUGGCCUAUUGGCCUUUCCUUCAUACAAGUUUGUUCCAACUUUGAUAAACAGUUGGUUUGCUGGACUGAUUAAAACAAUCAGUGAGACAGGUACAUAGAAAGUUGAGAGUUAGUCAGUUAGAUUUAUAACUGGAACAUCAGACAGACAGAGAGACAGCCAGAAAUGAUAGGUAGGUGAGUAAUAUAAAGACACGCACACCCACACAGACAGUCAGUUGGAAGAAGGAAUGCGGAAGGAAGAAAGACAGAUAGUUAGAUAGGACAGAUGGACAGAAAGAGACACAAAUACAGACAACACAACCAAGCGCAUGAGAUUCUAAAGUUUGAUCAUUUGCAAGUUGUACCUUUUACACUGCGAUUAAAUCAUGUCACAGGUACAGUAUUGAUGGUGGGUUUACAUGGACAACACAUGUCUUCAGUCCUGAUAUGGCCAUCCUAGCACGCGACAUUGUCACUCAGCCUGGAGAACGACUCCCAGUCUUUGUAGUUCUUGCAAGUCGCUAUGGCCGUAACCGUGUUCAAAACUGGAUGGUGUUUUAUCUCAACAUGACAAACAUUAUGGGUUAGUAGUAAACAUUAGAUUGUAUGGUAAAAUUUUAAGAGGCUUUGCCAGUCAGGUUUUGUUGAUGAUAUAUUCAGAUAAAGAGACAUCUCGUGUUUCAGCUGGUUUUUGCUCACAGUUUUUUGCUAACUAUUUUCCAAAAACUGUAGGUGUGCUCUUUUCAGGAUUUUCUUAUUUAAAGUCAGAAUCACAGAGAGUGCCUCUUAAAACAGAGCACAAGCCACCAGAUAGUGUCUCACUACCAAACAAAAGCUAAAACACAGCAGUGGUAUAUUUAAGAAAGUGAACACAGAAAAUGUUAACAAUUUUUGGGUUAUAUUUUGUUUUUAAAUAACUCUAUUAAUAAUAAAGCCUGUUUUAUCAAGACAGCUGAAAUUUGUGCUCGUUCUCUUUGGGAUAUUCAUGGAUCUAAACUAUGUUUUGGUCAAUACUAAAACACAGCAACAUGGAGUGAAUAUCCAAGCCAGUAAAUAACGUGCUUGAUCAAUACUUUGUGUCUGACUUUUUUCUCAGGUCCAGUUUGUACUUCUUCUGCUUUCUCCACCUUCAAGGAUGGAUGUAUUUUGGGCCAGCAACAGGAGUUUGAGACCAGGAAUUGGACUAUACACUGCCAAAUGGGUAGAGACUACAAUCGAUCUACAUAUAUAAGGAGUUGUCCAUGUAGUAGAGAUGAUUUUACAUGGUAAGGAACUUGGAAUAAUGUCAAAUCACUACAGUCACAGUAGUAAUAGUAACUGCAUGUAUAUAACCCCAACUUAAGUCUUUCUUAAAAGAAUCACUGAAAUUUGAUGAUUUUGAUAUUUUCCUUAUCUUUUUUUUAACAUAGGUUUCAUUGCGAUGAAAUUUUUUUAUGAAGUUGUAGCCAAUGUUUUUCUAUCCUGGCAGUUCUCUUGUGUUUAGCAACCAACAUACAUUUAACUGCCAAUCUUGAUGAGCUUUUGAUCUGUAGUAUUAGGCAACCAGGAAUUAAUGUGUUACCUCUAAGAAUGAAAUGCUUUUACCACUAGUACAUCAAUGCAUAUAAUUUUUAACACAAGUCUUAAAAUUGUUUGUUUCUUCUUCUUAAAAUAUCCACUGCAGAACAACAACAGUCCUUCCUGAAUUAAAAGUUAAUUUGUUUCUUUCAUUGUAUGUAGUGACUAUGGUUUUCAAAGAAAGAAUUUUGAUGAAGAGUGUACACCUAUCAGACCUAAUGACCUCAAUAAUGAACUUAUUCCAAAGGAAUGCCCAGAGGGAUCAUUCUACAACAGAACCCGAGGGUAGGAAUUUCUGUAGAGUUAAACUCAUAUUUAUUCCAAUAUUCUAACCAUGGUUUACUCUAAAAAAGUAAUUUUAGUUGAAGACAAUUCUUAAUUAAUUCUCAUCUGUGCUCUAUGAUGUCUGCUGUGUAAAAUCAAACAAAACUGUUUUUUGCAUUUUAUUUAUUCUUUGCAUCAGGCUAACAAUUUGCCAUGUUUCUUUCUCUAAUCAGUGUGUUGUGUGAAGUCUGAUCCUUUAUAUAUAUAUAUAUAUAAGUACCAAUUUUUUUAAGGGAUGUUCACCAUAUAACUCUCUCUACCUUCCAUUGUGCAGGUUCUUUUAAAGUUGUUUCUUCUUUCUAUUUUCAUUCUUCUAGUUUUCGAAAGAUAGAGGGCAAUAAAUGUGUAAAUGGAACCGAGAAGGACUUUUUUCCAGUGCGAACACCCUGUCCUGUGCAAGGUAAAGGAUGCACCACAUGCAUGUAUUGUGUAUAUAACGGCUGAAUGAAUCACUUGAUGAAUUCUAGGUGGAUAUUUGGUCUAAUAAAAUAAAAAAGACGUGGUACAUUUUGAGCUGGGUUGUAUGUUAGAGACAGUUGUAAUUGUUUUGUCAGGAGCACAAUAAAAAGAGUUAAAUUUUAUGGUUUGAUGCUCCUAAUUGCUAAGCUGUAGAAAUUGGGUCUGAAUGAUAAACUAUUACAAGGUUACUAUGAACUGAGAAAAGUCCUGUUUACCAAUUCAAGUGUUGUGUAGGAUGUGUGUCUCACAUAUCUAGAAAAUAGCCUCUAGUAAAUUUUCCCUGUAACUUGGUGGUAGAGCAUCAUAUCUUGAAUUCUGUGAAACAGCUAUCAAAGAGACUGUGUAAUAUAACCAUGCAAGGUUUUUUUCUCACACAAAUAGGUUACUGGAAACAUAAUGUAAAAUUUGUCAGUGAAAGGUGAGAUUUAAAAAACUGAUGGAGUUGUGCCAUUGUUUUACAGAGCUGGAAAAUUUUACAUUAAGUAGUCCUAAUGUGACAGAUGAUGGUAUAGUCGCAGUGGAGACUGGAGGCACUGUGUUUUUCAACACAACUUUUGUCAAAGGAAAUCAGGCAAAUGUAAAUUACAAGUGAGUGGUAUUUAACAUGAAUGGAGGCAAAAAAAAAUGCUGAUUGGUUCCAAGUCAUUGAACUGCAUAAAAAGUGGAUUUCUGAGGGUCAGUUACAUUUGUUACAUAUUUGUAUCAGAGCAGGAAUCAGGUCAUGAAUUACUUCGAGCAAUUUUCUUUGAGAGAAAUUUUAUAUUCAUCAGAAGAAGAAACCUGUCUUAGAAUUUAGUGUUGAGCAGAAAACAAAAAAACACACUCUAUGACCAUGGAGAAGAAAUGGCUUAUAUUAUAAUUAUGGUCAUGAUAGGCUAUGAAAGGGAUAAUCAUGAUAUGCAAAUGCAAAGGCUCAUUGUGAAGUUCACAGGGUUUGCCAGGCAGGCUUUCCACAGUUACUUGGUUGCAUUCAAGCAUAAGGAUAUUCUUCCAUCAGAUCAUCCCAUAAGAUAAAAGAUCCCUGCCAAUGCUUUCACUUUGUGCUUGAACUAAUUGGUGUCUCUGUUAUAUAGGCUUUGGAGGUAGUGAUUUUAAAAUAUUUCCUAGGUGGUACUUUGGAGAUGAACAUGGUGAUAAAGGUGAUGGAGUACAAUUUGCCAGUCGGAGCCACUUGUAUCAUAAGUAAGAAAAAUUGUCUCCUUAACCCUUUACAUCAUAACAUCAGUUUGCCUGUGCUCCAUACUGUUCUCUAUACAUUACCCAUGAUGCUUACAAGGAGAAUUUGUCAAACCAUCAAGAAGUUGAGUUGUGAUCAUAUCGUUUAUUCUCAUAACCCUACAUGUAAUGUUUGAUUCAGAGUUGAUACAGUUAGGAGAAAUUAGAUGCUAAUCACUCUUAGGGGUUAAAAGGUUGAAUUAUCCUUUAACCACUGAAACUCUUAAGAGAAUUAAAUAAUUUAUAAAGGCAGUGGGAAAGAAAUAUUAUUUUUAUGUAGUAUAUUUGCAAAUGUCUUAAAAUUAAAACUGAAAACUAGAAGAUGAUUACGAGCUGUUACAAGGUUGUGCUUCUUUUUUAGUACGGUUUUUUGGUGAAGUCUGCAUACAUCAUUUUAGGCCAUGUGACCUCUGAUCUGAGUGGAAUAAGGGAAUGUGAGAAUAAAAUGCCUCAUCCGAUCACACAACAGGAUGACUUGGCAGAUUUUAAAUUGUGCACCUUUCAAUCAGAAGUUUGGCAUGUAAUAAUUGUUAGACUCCUAACUCCUCAGACUUCCCGUAUGGACUGGUAAUUUAGAUUUUAUUUGAAUUGUAUUAUAUUUUUAACCUGUCAUCAUUUUUUCAGGGCUGGAAGGUACCAUGUGGUAGUGGUAGCACACAAUGAGCGGAGCACUUUGGUGGAGAAAAUGGAAGUGUAUGUUCAAGGUAACUUGAUAUCUGUGAGUUAAGGUUUCUUCCCACCUUUGUGGGUGUCCAUGCAGAUUACGAUAAAAAUAUAAUUUAAGUGACUUUUCUUUGAAGGAAGUGUCAAGAGCCAGUAAGGCAUGAAAUGACUGAAGCUUCUUCUAUUGAAUUUAUUGGGUAUAGCACAAGCAAAAUGGCUGCACAGUCUCAUUCACAAGGCAUCAUUCAAAAAAAGUGUGUCAAGCUUUUUCAAUAUUAUGAUUGGUUGUGUAGAUAUUGGCAUCUAGAGUUGGAGUAGCUAAAAAUAUGCAAGUUGUGUUGUAUAAAAGGAUGCCACAGGACAAAUAUUUCAAAUAUCAAAAUUUCCCAACACACUUUGGUUUGUCAUUAUUCCUAGGACGUUUCGGCUAUCUGUCUAUAUACCCUAUAAGUUUGCUCAAAGUAGUGGUAUUCCUCCCAAAAUCAAAUGGGAGAUUUAGCUCAUAAAAGUCCGCAAACAACUCGUGCCACGCCAGGAGAUUACCUCGCCCCAUGAAACUGCAACCCAAUAGGAAAAUGGGACCUCCUGGCAUCAAUGAUGAUGGAUCAAGAUUUCCCAGUAAAAGUAGCCCAUUGUGGACAUGUUUUUUUUUUUUUUUUUUUUUUUUUUUUUUUUUUUUAAUCUUGAUUGCUCAGUGGAGCUUUGAGGAGGACGACACAAUAAUGAGCAAAGUUGUCAAAGGCAAAGGCAAAGGCAAAGGAAAAACCUUUGGCAAAAAUUAAAAACUGCAAAGCUGAGGAGCAAGACAAUAAAUGGACAUAAAGCUUUCAAAAUUAUGAUUUGAGGUGAUUUUUAGUGUUUUCGUAUCAAGGCUGGUACUUGCAUAAAAGGAAACUUUUUAACAUCAAGUAUGGCAAAUUUUGGUUGGAUGGCGACUUCUUUGUUCUAAAUCUGGGCACCAGCGUUUUUCUGCCUCUGAAGGUGGGAAGUAACCUUAAAGUGUAAGUUCUCCAUCCAUGUGGAAUUUACCUUUUGCUACCUUGCCAGAUUCGAAGUGUGAAAUAGCACUCAUUUAUCCAGCAUAUAAAACUCACAGACUCAGAAAGGUUAUGCAAAGAAUAUUGAUGGUCAAUGGGCUAACCUGUGUAGGUGGUUCAAUUCACCCAAAGUUACUUUUGUCAGUGCAAUUUUUUUUAAUUGAUGAAUUUUUAUCUCUUGAAGAUAAACUUGUGGAUGAUAGAGUAUCAGUCAACUUCCAUCCUAAAAAUCCUGGCAUGGAUGAGGACGUCAUAUUUUCCUUAAACUUGAAUUACUCAGUGGUAAGGAUCAUUUGCUGAAUUUAGUAUGGUUUCAUGGGCCAGGAAAAGCAAUGCAACUCAAAUCAGUGAAAAUAUAACAUUUGCAAAUGUACCCUUGGACCCAGAGUUUGGACAUGGUUUGUGAAUUAUUAAUUUAGUAGCCAUGUAGAUUUCAUCAAGUUCAUUUGGAUAUUCUUACUUCCAACUGAUAAUUUUCAGGGAGACUUUGGAAAAGUUAAGUAUAAAUGGAAAUAUGAUACUCAAGAAAUUGACAGUUGGCAACAAGUUGUUACUCUUGGCUUUAAUAAAGCUCAGAAGUAAGUAAGCAGGAUAACGAUUGAUUCUCUUAUCUCACUAUUUUGAAAUAUAUAUUUUGAUUGCAUUGCAUUGUUAUCAUUUUCAACUCCAAACCCAGCACAUGAUUAAUGAUACAUCUGUUGGUUUUAAGGUAUGAUGUUAACAUCACAGCAAUGAAUCUUGUGAGUUCUGUUACGAAGGUGGUUCAUAUUGAAGUCAUAAACAAAGGUUUGUUUUGUUUUUAACUUUGGGGCUUUGUGCAGUUGUGUGUUUUUUAUAAUUCCUUUUGAUAAGAAUGUGACUAUAUAUUUAAAAGUACUUAAAUACAUAUUAUUUAAUGCAAUUGGUCUAUUCUUACAGUACAUAUCAGCAAGACAGUUUUUGCUCAAAAUUGAUAGUUCACAAUAUUUGAAGGUCUCUAAGUAAUUAUUUGCAGGAAGAAAUUUUCCAAAGAGGUAAAGGACAAUAGGUGACCCUGAAGUUUGGCAACAGCAAUUUUCCUCUGUCUUAGCCAUCUUUGUCUGUGUGCUUUGAAAUUGUCUCAAGUAAAGAUGUAUAACAAGUAAUGUAUGCUUGAAUGUGAAACAUCAGCUUAAGUCAAUCAUCUUCUUUCUUAAUUUCUCCCAACAGAUGUUGUACCACAGAAUGUUGCUGCAAGAUUUCUUGGGCCUACAAAAAUAAAAAUUACUUGGAAACAUGCUGGAAAGACUGGCAGUUAUGUCAUAAGACACAAAGUUUUUAUGAGGUAAAUAGUUUUUCCUUAAAAUGAUUUCAUAUUUAAUGAAAGGAGAUGGAUUUGGCACUCAGCUCAGUUUGAUGAAAUCUGCAUGCUUCUAUUAGUUUUAUUAGUUCUAUUUUAAACCUCUGCGUGGAUAAUUGGCCAUAAUGCUCAGUAGCACCCUAAGAUUGUUUAUCAUGAUACUGGCAAUGAUGAAGAUAAUGAUGACGACAAUCAAAUGAUAAUGAUGUUGAUAAUGGCCAUGAUGAUGAUAAUGAUGAUGUGCAAUGAUGAAGAUAAUGAUGAUGACAAUCAAAUGAUAAUGAUGUUGAUAAUGGCCAUGAUGAUGAUGAUGAUGAUGUGGAUGGAUGAAUGUCAAUGAUUUUUGCUUGAUUCUGUUUUAGUUCCUCAGGCAAUACUGGCUUCAGAAAUAUUACAUGUGCAUCUUUUACAGCACUAUCGUGUAUAGUGGGCAAUUUAUUACCAGCUACCACUUAUUACUUCAAAGUUUCAUCAGUUACUGCAGAUAAAGAAUCUCAAAUGUCAAACAUUGCAUUUGCCACAACUAACACAAGUGGUAAGUCACAAUUUCCACCUUUUCUAUACAAGUGAUAUCAAACUUAGGUAGAUUUUUCAUGAUUAUUUUCUGAUUUACUGGGUGAUCAUAAUCAAAAUUGCAGAAAAACAUGAUGUUUAUGACACAGCAGCAUUUUUAUUGAUUUUGUGUAAUUUUGAUUUUUACUCAGCUCCUGGAGCACCAAGGGAUUUGCGAGUUUACCCUGUAAAUUCUUCAGCCAUCCAAGUGUCAUGGAUACCUCCAGAAUACCCUAAUGGAAAAAUCACAAGUUACACAGUAAGACACCAAAAAAAAUUAGGACAUUAUUAGUAAUGCAGCAAAAUAUUAAUAAAAUUUGCCUCUGCCGUUUACCUUCCUUUAUCAACUUACCAUCCUAUAACAUACCAACUGUGUUAAUUUACAUCAUGAGAGUUACUAAGAUUAUCGUUUGCAAGGAGAUAAGUUGCGGAUGCAGGUACCUGCUACAAUUACUUUGUAUUUCUUGCAAGUAAGAUAGUCUAAGAGUCACUCACUAUCUCACUGUGACUUUGAUUUUGUCACUUUUUUGGCCAGAACAUUUUUUCAUGGCUGGGACAGAGAUCUUCACAGAGACUCUCCUUGUAAUAUAAAGAGAGUUGUCAUUGCCACUGGCUGGGCAUAGAGUAAAGGGCAUCUUAAAAAGGAAAAAAAUUUGUUUUGUUUUUUUGUUGAGGCUCAGCCAGCUUGUUCAAUUGCAGUAAUGAAAUUUGGUUUGAAAUUUGUCAGAUAAAUAAAUACACUGAAAUACCUAAUUUUUUUCUAUGAAUUUUAGUGCAGUUGUUUUGGAUUGAUUACAGCACAAUAAUUACUGGUACUUUUGUUGAGGUGCUGAGUUUUAAAGUAUUUUCCUUUUUAGAUCAGAUAUUGGCCCUACACUAAUACCAAAGUGCAGUCUAUUGAUAAUGGUCUUAAGGAAACAAAACUGCUUACUGGCUUAGCACAGGACACUGUAUAUUUCUUUGAGGUAAGUUAUACUUUGCAGUAUGCAUGGGUCAUCAUUGUUUGAUCAGGAAUGAAUAUCAGAAUGAAAUAUUGCAUUAUUUAAUAGUAUGUAAAGCAUUUAUGCUAGGACUUCGCACCCCACUAAACACUUAACUUUUCUGCUUAAUGCUUUGACCCUUAAAGAGUGACUAUGGCAUCUAGUUUUUUUCCUUUCAAUAUCACCCACUGAAUCUUACAUUAAGGUAACAAGAAAAAAGGAACUGAUCACCAGCUUAAGAAGUGUUUUAUUGUUAACUCUUUAACUCCUGUGGGUGACCAAGACAGAAUUUCUCCAUACUUUAUCUGUACAAUAUCAUGCAAACAAGUGAUGAGAAUAAAGAAAAAUAUAAAUUAUGGGAUUAUUAAUGAUCCAAUACCAAAUUCUCCAAACUAACAUAAUGAGAAUCAAUCUGAAGACAGUAAGGAGAAUUAGUAAUGAGGUCUUGGGAAUUAAUAAUGGUAAUUGAGCUGAGUGGAAUGUAAUUUGGGCUGAAAUCAUACGUGUGAUUUCAAAAUUGAACAAGUGCACAGCAUGAGUUUGAUUUGAAAUCACAAGUAUGAUUUCAGACCAAAAUUGCACGACACAAGGUUCAAUUACCACUUUAUUAAAUCCAUUUUGAAAUCACCCAAAUACAGGACUGAAAUUAAAUUCAGCCAGUCUGAAAUUAAAUUCAUCCAUUUUUGGAGGGGGGAAAGUAAUAGUUUUAGAAACAAAAGUUGCUAAAUUUGCCACAUGAUACUCUUUGUCUUUCAUGUUCCUGCAAUUUGAUUGGCUACUUUAAACAAGCCUUGAAAUCUGAUUAAUUGUUUUGUUUUUAAUGUAGCCUCAUUGGCUGGGAAAAAGAUGCGAUUUAAAGCAAAAAAUGGUGCGAUUUUUGAAUAAAUCGCAUUAAUUUGAGCCAAUCAGAUUACAGGGACCACAAGUGAUUUCAAAAUGGGGGUAAUAAAAGGGUUAAACAAACUUUUGUUGUCAGCACCCUUAGAAAUGUUUGGAGAACAGUUUGGAAAAUAUGCCUACUGAUGUUAGGGUAUAAAGGGUUAAGUAAUUGCAAAAGUAGAUGUUGAUAUGCCUGAAUGAGUAUUGCUGCAAAUUUUUUCCAUCUGUUUUUUUUCAUGUAAAUGUUUGAUGUGCAAAAGGAGGAAACCAGGCAUAUCAGGAGAAUAAAUCAAUCAAUUAUUCAAAUCUGAAUGUUACUUCCUUCCACCAUUCAUUGCAGGUUUACGCAAACAGUGGAUCUGGUCGUAGCAUAGCUGCAGGUCCAAAGCAAGCACUGACAAAACUGUCUAGUAAGUAUUGAGAACUAUCAACCUGGUAAAGAAAUAAACAUAAUCUGUGGUGGGAGUUUUUGGAAGACAUGGUAACCUAACUGGCACUGGACUUUGGGUCAAGAGGUUUAGGUUGGAGAUCUGGAUGGGUUAUAAAGUCUUGUUCUUGGGCAAGAUACCCUAUUCUUACAAUGUCUUUCCCCACCAAGGGGUGUAAAUGAGUAAUAGUGACCUGUUAGGAGAACCUGGCAAAGUGGUGGGGGUUAAACCUGCAAUGAAGAAGCAAACCAUCCAGGGGGGAAUAGCGGUACUUGCCUUUAGUCUAAAUUACUGACUCUUUCCUCUCUUGUUGGAGUAAACCCCUAGGAUCCUGUGAUCUAAUCAACACUCAACAUCAUUCCCUUAGAACCAGUCCUUCCACCUCAGAACAUUCAAAUGAUUUCUGACAAUGGAACAUGUGCAUGGAUGCGAUGGAGCCCACCUAACAUAUCAGCAAUUGAUCAGAGGCCAUUUCCAGCCAAGGUGAACAAACUAAAACCAAUCAUGGUUUGGUGAUCAUAUUUGUAUGUUACCCCUGCAUUGAAGUUAGUUUUUUUUUUUCGUUGGACUUUUUGCAAGCCAUCUCCAUAAUUUUCUGAAAUUAAGGGUGGCUAAUGAAGCAAGCUGUGUUGUGUACGAAUUGCAGGGUUACAAAGUGCAGCGUCAAGACAAGCAUCUCAUUGAUGUAGGAUCAAGCUUUUCAUUGAUCUGCGGUCUAACUCCAGGACAAAAGUCAGAAAUAACAAUUUGGGCUUACUCAGAAGCUGGUGAAGGACCAAAGGCAACAGUUCACAUAACCACGCAAGUUACAAGUAAGUUAGUGAUUUGAUUAAUAAAUAAAUUAAUGGAAAUGGAUAAGGAUUCUAUUUGUGAGAACAAGCAUAAGAACAAGCUCUAGUUUAAAAGGAGUAUUACAUAUGAACCAAGUAGUGGCCUGCCUCACUGCUAAGUUUUUGUCUGACAGAACCUGGUGCUCCUCGAAACUUGAAGGCUUCAGCCAUCUCCUCUGCUGCAAUAAAGUUAACAUGGGAACCACCUUUACAGCAUGGUAGAAUCACUGGAUAUAUAAUUAAUCAGGUAUAAAAUCAUGAUUUAUACUAUAGUGGCUUCCAUUAACAUAGUAACUGUAAGGGUUGGAGCCAUACUUGUGCCUUUUAUUUGAUACUGCUGUCAGUUGCUGCAGUGGACACCUUAAAGCAGAAACUGCACCCUGAGCACAUUUGAAUGUGAUAGAAUUUUAUAUUUUUAUUAAAUAUGGAAGUAACCACAUACUCCCCAUUUAUUUUACCUCUUGAAUUAAACAAACCAAGGUUAAAACAGUUACUACAUGUUCAUAUUUGAAAGCAAAGAUUUGCUGUUCUUGUAUUGGUAACAGCUUUGCCUUGAGAUGCAACAAAGUAGCUUUCAUAGUCAAUUGUUUAAAAAAGUUUAGUUGGUUCACUGAACUUAUGUCAUAUUUUCAGCUGAGCCCUUUCCCAGAUACUAAGCCUAUUGAAGUUGGUCCAGGCGCAACCAAUACUGUUGUUAAGGAACUGGAGGCAUACGUUAUUUACAAGUUUGUCAUUUCUGCUAAAAACCAGCAAGGGUCAAGUGUGAAGAGCUCCCCAGCAUCAGCAACAACUCAUGAAAAAAGUAAGAUACCUUUUGUGUUGCAACAAAUGAGAGAAUUCUGUUAGUUAAUUUUUCAUAAUUUUUCUGUUGCAUGUGACUCUUUUGUUCCUUGGAGAAUGAAAUUCAGCCAUUAGUUCUCAUGGCUGACAGUCUUGGUACUGAUUGCUUUUCUUAAGGUCCUGGUAUUGUGGAGUAUGUGACGACAGAAACCAUUCCACCUACCUCGGCAAGUAUCAAAGUCACAUGGUCCAAACCGUCCAAACCAAAUGGAAAAAUUACUUACUACAAGGUAGUCUUUUUUACAUUUAUAUGGUUAGGUGGUUGUUUUGUCUGUCUAUCAACUGUCAAUUUAUUAUUCUGUUUAGCUAGUUGCUUAUUUAGUCUGUUAGCCCUUUAUCAGUCAGUGAAUCAAGUCACUUGUCACUCAGUUUGUCUGUUAUUUAGUCAAUUUCAGAUGGUUUAAUUUUAUUAAUGUAUCAGCCAGUUGGACCAUCUUAUUGUCAAUUAGUCAAUGUUUGUUAGUCAGCUAUUUUUUUAUGAGUCUGUCAGUUCAGCUGUCAGUCGAUCAGUUGUUCAACCAAUAGGUUCAUAAGUCAGUCGUGGCAAUCAUCAAGAAGUCUGUCAGUUAAUUAUUUUGUUAUUUUAGGUGGUUAGAUUUAUUGUUCUUAAUCAAUAAGGAAUUGAUGGCAGACCAAGCUAGCUUUGAAAUUCAGUGGUGUCCAUUGUGUUUGGUUUUCAGAUUAGGUGGGGAAAAACUGUUGUGGAAAGCAUUGAAAAUACUCUAGGAGAUCCAAUCGAGCCUCUAGAAAAAUUAGUGGAAGCCAGUCACACAGCAUACACAUUUAAACAUCUAUCCAACAAUACAUACUAUUCCUUUGUUGUGAUUGCUGGAAAUGCAGCUGGAGAGGGUAUCAAGCAUAUAAAUCCACAGAGGCAACGGACAGAUGCUGGUAGGCACAAUGGACAUUUCUUUUCCCUUUCUUGCUUUAUUUUGCUUUCCUUUUCUACCCUUCUAUUAUACUUGGUUUUGGAGUUGAUUUCAAAAUAGCUGCUUUAAUUGGCAGAAUUUUUGGCAUGUCUAAAGGCAAUUUCUGAAGGAUUGGAUCAUUUUUGUUGUCUCAAAUGCAAUUAUUUUGAAUUUUUUUAAUACAGUUUUAAGUAGUGGAGAUAAUUAUUAGAUUUAUGGUUUCUGAAGCAUUUAAUUGCUCUUUUGAAGUCCAUCAUAAUUGUUUCUCCUCAUUUUAUAGCCAUUUAUGGCACAGAAAGACUGAAAAUGAUCAUUGAAGGUGCAGUCAUGACUGGUGAUGAAGCCAUAAAGAUUUUUACUCCAAAGUUUUAUUCAGAGGCCAGUCGGAUUGCAAACAUUGCAGAGUAAGUAAUCUUCUUCUAUAAGAGAUUCAACAAUUGAAACAAGUUGUUUCUCCGAACUUUUUAUACAAAUUUGCUCUGCAUGAAAAUUCAAACAAAGUGAAGUUUUUGUGUGCUUUCUGUCAUAACUUGCAUGUACCUCACUUUUGCCAAUAGUCAGAAUUCACCUGAACUUGACAAAACAGGGUAGUAACACAUCAGAUACAAUGGCAUUGUUGACCAAGAGUGAGGUCAAGAUGGCUAGACAUUGGCAGAGUUCUUUUUCUACAUUUUUAUGGGCCCAGAUGAAGUCAAGGUACAUAAAAAAUGCAAAAAAAGCAAAAAAAAAAACAAAACAAAAAAAACAAAAGAAAUAGAGGCCAUCUCACUCACCCAUGUAUAUUGAUAUUUCCCACUGCUGGGUGCUGCCAGCUAUAUGAUUUGAGAACAGACUUGAACGGACUUGAACAUGGCAAGUAGCAACUAAUCAAUCACAAGACUUGUUUUUGUUAUGUUCUUUUCGUUUGAUUUGAAAAACUGAGUUGCUUGCAACUUAUUCUAAACAUUUGGUAACCCAGAGCAUAUGUCUGAAGUGUGCUGAGUUAAGUUGGUUACUUGCUGGUCAUGUGUGGUGAUGUUCUUGACAAUCUAUUCAUUUAAUAAGCAUUCCAUAAGGCACAUGAAAAGUGGAGGACUGUAUUCCUUUUUGUACAUUUUUUGCAUGACACUUUGAAAAUAUUCUAUUCUAGUGAUCGCAUCGCUGAUGUUGUUGUCAAAGAAAGAGGAAGUGAAAUUGCAGUUUACUUUGAUCUCAUUCCACGCUUUAACAAGUCCGGUGAGAAGUCAUUUGAAAGGAGUGAAUAUUAUGUCAAAACACAUUUCAGUGUUUUAAGUAAUGCCCAGUAAUAUUUUCAGAUAAUUCUAUGAAUUGUGGAUUAUAGAUUUAUUGGUCUGACAAAAUGUGGUCUGCCAGGAUUUUAAUUAGCAAUAACUAUAUUAGAAAUGGAAUUUUAAUUAAUCAUCAAAUUUUGCUUUUAUAAAUGUGGUCUGCCAGGAUUAUAAUUAACAAUAACUAUAUUAGAAAAAGAAUUUUAAUUGAUCAUCAAUUUUUACUUUUAUACUGUCGACCUUAGUCAUGGCAAUCCAUCAAGAUAACCAAAGAAAAAUUUUUUUUUUUUUGCUUUGCAUGUAGGUGUUCCAUUAGAAACUGCCAAGGAAUCUAUUAAUAAAGGAUUCAAGAUAGAUGAUUGGUUACUUGCCAGUGGUUCAUUGAGGUAUAUUUCUGGUUAAAUGUGUGGUGUUAGAGUAGAUGCCUGAUGUAUGAAUAACAAGCCCUGUCACUGUUUAUCUUAAAAUGGUGUUUUUUUUUUCUUAGUCUUGUGAGUAAAGUGGAAAAAAAAACACGACCAACAGGGGAGCCAUCAGUUCGUGCCCGCAAAGGUGGCCAAGCUGAGGAUGCUCAAAGCAAAGUAUCUCUGGCUGUUUUGAUUCCCCUUGUUAUAAUAGGUAAGAACAGCAUUCUACUGUUAAGUUAUUACCUUGGUUUUUGCCAAAGCAAGUGGGGCACAGCUGCUACAAUCACUGACAUGGUGAAUUUAGUGAUAAAUCCACAUUUUUUAAAACACACAUACGUUCUAAUUGUUUCUUAUUGUGUCUGUUAAAACCUAGUUGAUCACUUUGCUGUCCUGUUCAAGAAAACAUAAUCCACUCACAGGAAUGAGAACAACAAUGAGAACAAUCUUUCUACAUUUCCAUGCUGAUCAAAGCACCUAUUUAAGUAGCUUUUAUCAAAAAAGAACUCUGACUUUGUUGGGAAGUGUAAGGAUAUCAACAGUAGUUGCCUGAUUGAGACUGAGCUAAUAAUUUUUGAGCUAAUAUUUCCCUUUGUGACUUACACUAACUGGUUUCACAUGCAAUCAGUUUUAUUUCCCUUGUUUCCAUUUACCAAAAUAUAUAGAUAUUAUUAUCCUCUCUAAACUCACACCUUUCUUGUGACAUAUCUUUUAUUAGUAAAUGUCUUUUACUGAAGGCAAUUGCUGUUCAAUAAAAAAUAGAUCAAAGGAUGAAAGAUGAAAGGAAAAACCUACAAUAUUUUGUUGAUAUAGCAUUAUGUAUGCUCUUGGUUUUGCUUUACAGGGUUACUUUUGGGAGCUGGUUUGCUGUUCUUCUUCGUGAAAUACAAGAACCUCCAAAAGAAUUUCAGCAAAUUGCAUGAGAAAGAGCAUGAUGAGGAUGAAAUGACAGUUUACCAUGAGGACAUGCAAGCAGGUAACAUGACAUGUUUGACUAGUUCAGACUCCUGUUGUAAGAUAUUAGCAAUUACCAGCACCUUACAAAUGCCUUGUCCACUACAUAGCAAAGGAAUCAAGCAGAAGAACCUGAUUCUAAACAAGGACAGAUCAAAACUGACCAAUCACAAAGUUCUAAAUUAUGUCGCUUGAGUAUAACAACCAAUGAUAUCAGGAAAAAACUUGAUAAUCAGAAUUCUCUGUAUAGUAUGCAGAUGACUUCAUUCAUAUCAUGGAGACUGAAAUCCACAUUUUCUUUGAUUUGUACCUUUUAACUCGACUUUUCAUAAAGCUUUCGAUAUGCAUGAGCAAUUUUUUUUUAUUUUUUAAACCUUUCUAAAUAUGGGUGAGGUUCAGUUUAAAAAAAAAAAGAUUAAUAUUUGGGGUUUUUUUUUUUUUUUGGCAGACUCUCCAGAUGUCAUUUUCAGUGAUCGUUCAAGAAAAGGAAAGAAGUUUUACAAGGAUUCAGAGAAAGUUCCCCUUGGUGAUCAUGAUGAGCUGUCCAUGAUUUAAGGCUUCAGUUCUUUACAUUCUCUUCCUUUUCUUUUGUUUUGAUGUGUUACAAAUAGUUCAUAUUUUAAACUUGUUAGUUUUGUGUAAUGUGUGUAGCAAGUAAAUUCUUUGUGAAGCAGCUCAGGGGUUGUGUAAGCUUUCUGUACUUUUUUUUAUCAUUCUCUAAUUGGGAGAAGCCUUUCUGAAGAAAACUUUAUCUUACUUCAUCACAUGUCUUCAUAUGCUGAUUAUUAGAAUCUGGAAAGGAAAAAAGGUGAAUCAAUCACCCUGAGAAACUUGUGAUCUCAUCCUAAAAUUCUUUUUUCCACCCAAAAGCCAAGUCUUUUCACUUUUCUAUUAUCAGGAGAAGUUGAAUUCUGAUACUUUAAUGUACAUUUUUCAUUUGUAUGCUAUGUUGUGAUGAGGGCAAAAUUUUGCUGUGUUACUAAGUAAACCAAACAUGGUUAUGAUAAAGACAUCCAUUGUGGUGAUUCAUGCAUUUAUUUUGUUAUACUAAACGGGGAAAAACCAUUUUAAACUUUUCUGUCGAUAAGGCAGAGCUUUUGUUUGAUGUUGUAAUCUUCUUGUUUCAACUUUGGAAGCAUCUGUGGAAGUUUUGCUUUAAUUCAGGCAAUUUUUGUAGUUAAUGCAGAAUGCACUGGAAAUGCAGUUUUUGCAACUGUUUCAUGUCAGUAGCCUCUUUGAGUACUUGUGCAAGAAAAACAGCAAAACAGAAAGUAGUCUUUGUCAUGAGGAAAUGGUUAGUACAGGUGGGUACAAAGGAUCUUUAACUGCUUAUACAUUGUUGCUUUAGUAAACCAUUGUAUCAGGUAAAUAAAUAGUUUUUUCAGUCUAGAUCUUGCAGUUUGUUAUAUCUAGUCCAGUGAAAGGAGCAAGGUGGUAUCUGAUACCUUUUUUAAUGGUAGAACUUUGUUAGUUGCAAUUGUAGCUUAAUUGUUUUUGUAGUUGUGUAAAGCUUAUGAGCUUAGGUCUUUAAGGCACAUGUUUUUCUCUGUAAGCAACUGUUAUGAAAAAAAUGCUGGAGUGUGUUUGUCCACUCAUUUGCUGACAAGAAAAAUGCUAUGCUUAAUUUUUAUAGCAAGAUGUAAUUAGUGGUGUAUUUACUAGAUUUGGAACAGGGCAUGUGGGAUACAUUUUGGGUUGCACUGUGUUUUUCUGGAAAAAAGAAAAAUAUUAAAUAAACCAUUAGGUGUUGUAACACGAAGACCCACCUAAGUGAGUAACUGUAGUUUUCAUUGUGUGUUUGUUUGGCAAAGGUGCAAUAAAUAGGUUUUGCUAUAAAGCUUUGAAAUUGGUUAACUUUCAAUAAAGUAUGUUUGUACAUGUAGUUCCUGUGAGUGUCUCAUAUUCAGAUAUUAUUAAUUUAAUGAGAUUAACACAAUUACAAAUCUGAGUUUCCCUAAAAGAUUCAAACCUCAAUCUAAUAGUUCCUGCCCACCAAAUCUGAAAACCCUUCUAGAGGACUCAGUUUUUCUUUGGUUGGGCUAAAUGUUCAUCCCCUUUUUAAUUUUUUCUAGUGAAUAUGCAAAGCAUGUAACAAGUAAUGUGGGGGUUUGCAUGACUUUAGGAGUCUGGGUAGAGUGUGCAUCUUAUUAAAGGUAGCAGACUAAAUAUUGAAUCAAGUGGAUUGUUUAGGGAGGGCUGUUGCUAGGACGAUGGUUCAAUUCUUUUCCUUUGAAUCACAGGAUCACUGGCUUUUAGUAAAUCACUGUAAUCUAAUUGUACUCUUCCAAGUAGAUCCACUAGUUCACCACAGUGUUACUUAGAUUGUACAUUAUUUUUUUUGUACAUUUGGUUUCCAUGAAAUAAAAACUGACCCAGGGAACACUGGGGAGGACAUUGACACA